CAUAAAACACAAGCAGAGACUCGCGUACUUAAAAAAGAAGAAAUCCGCGAUUAUAUCCAGUCAUAUUGGGUUUCUGAGGACUUCGAUCCCAACGAUCUUAAAUCUACCUAUAUAUCGCAACCAUUCACGUUGUUUAGCCCAAGGUCUACAUUCGUCGAAAAACUUUUGGAAGAUAGAUUUCGAAAGCAUAUUACCAAAACAAAUUCAACAGAUUUAAUCUCCAAUGAUAAUAAAGAAUUUUCAAUACCUGCUCAAUAUUUAGACUUGUUGGAGUUUGAGAUUUUUCACGUUAGAGAUCCUUUAGAUUUAACCUCUUCAAAAUUAUGGGAAAGGUUCGGACAGUGGGCAGGUUUUGAAAAAACAAAGAAAUUUCGACAUCAUUGCCGUCGCCUGUGGAAAAAAACAAAACAUGCGUACGAACUGCAUAUAGAAUCCUUAAAAAAUCCGAUGGAACUUUAUGAUACCCCGAAUGUGUUCUUACGCCAUCCGAACGAUAAACUUUUUAUUGCGGAUGAAACAACUAAGAAGGUCGCGGGUGAUGUCCUUCUAGAUGGUUACAAGUACGUUUCUAAACCUUGGUGUUUUAAGAAUGCAAUUGGUGAAACGAUGAUAGAUUUCUUCGACCUUGAUCUCAACAACUACUUGAUCAUAAAGAUUGCACGAGUGGUAGACCAAUAUUACAAACACAACCUUAGUGAGCCUUCUCAUCGAUCUAACCAAUUCAUCAAAGAUUUAAUAGAACAUUUCGGUUGUUUUACUGAUAAUAACAAUCUACCAUAUAUUACCUCGAAUACUGCUUCUACACAUUCUCAGGAGCAUCGUAAGUGUGUUCAGGAUUUGAUCCGAGGACUUCAGCCACUUUCCGACGCUGUAAACGAUUAUCUUAACAACGCAUAUCCGGCAUUAUACACUAAAAUGGAAAAACUCAACCUAGGUCCUAACGCCCCUAAAUCUUUUGGAGUCUUCCCCACUAUUAGUAUUAACUUUAAUAGCAUCUGCCAAUUUCAUCGAGAUCUGAAAGACCAUCGUAAUACACUCUGUAUUGUAUGUCCUCUCGGAAUGUUUGAGGGUGGGCAUCUAGCAUUUCCUGAACUAAAGUUGGCAGUUAUGGCGAAGCAAGGACAGGCGAUCGCUUUUCGGUCGCACCUCUUAGUUCACGGAAACCUUCCAAUAAUAACUGGGUCGAGGCAUAGCGUUGUCUUCUAUAUUCAUGACACUGUUAUAAAACAAAAACGGAAAUUUAGUUCUCUUUUCGAUGGAGAUUUAGUCGCACCGGAGAUUCUAGACAACACUCACUCGAUCGAGGAUGGCGUUAAAAAACAUGACAAGAAACUGCAGAAAUACUCCCCUCCUAAAUUAGCUCCUCGAAAUUCCUCAAAAUUGAAAAAUCAUCGGCGGAGCCAUCUUGGUAAGGGCAUAUAUCAUUGGCGUGAAGUGUCUAUAUUAUAUUGUAUUAGCACCUUGUGCUUGCUUCGCUAA